CUGCUGUGUUUUCCUGCUGUCGUCAUUAUUCCGCUACAGGCUGCUCCAUCCAGAGCGGAAACGAUCUCCAGAGCCUAUAAACCCCAACUCGACUCGAUCAGGAUGUCCCGGGAGCAGCAAGCCGUGGCUAGUGCCAGGAAAGCCUUUGAAACGGGCCGGUCCAAAUCCAUAGAGUACCGGAUCUACCAGCUGAAGAACCUGCAGCGCUUGUUCACUGAGAGACAGAAGGAGAUUUCAGAUGCCGUCAAAAAAGACCUCAAUAGGAGCGAUGUGGGGACACAGCUGUACGAGACUCUGGGUCUGGAGGGGGAGCUCAGCCUGGCCAUCAAGAAGCUGAAGGAGUGGGCGGCCCCUCGGCCCGUGGCGAAGAACCUGAUGACCAUGUCGGACACCGUCUUCGUCAAGCCGGAGCCGCUGGGAGUGGUGCUCAUCAUCGGGGCCUGGAACUACCCCUGGGCCGUCACCAUCCAGCCGCUGAUAGGAGCCAUCGCAGCUGGUAAUGCAGCUGUGGUCAAGCCCUCCGAGGUCUGUGUUCACACUGCAAAGGCCAUGGAGGACCUGCUGCCGCUUUACAUCGACAAAGAGCUUUACCCUGUGGUGACCGGGGGCGUGCCGGAGACCCAGGAGCUGCUGCGUCAGCGGUUUGAUCAUAUCUUCUACACCGGCAACAGCGUGGUGGGGAAACUCAUCAUGGAGGCUGCUGCCAAAAACCUGACGCCUGUCACCCUGGAGCUGGGCGGCAAGAGCCCCUGCUACAUCGACAAGAACUGUGACCUGAGCAUCGCCUGCAGGCGUGUUGCCUGGGGAAAGUACACCAACUGUGGUCAGACCUGCAUCGCCCCAGACUACAUCCUGUGUGAGCCCAGCAUCCAGGACCGGGUCAUCGAAGAGGUCACGAAGUCCAUAAAGGAAUUCUACGAGAACCCGAAGAACUGUCCUGACUACGGACGCAUCAUCAACCAGCGCCACUUCAAGAGAAUAAUGAGCAUGUUGGAAGGGAGUACCAUCGCCGAAGGAGGAGACAACGACGAGUCAGACUCCUUCAUAGCUCCCACAAUUCUGCGGGACGUGAAGCCGGAGGCGAAGGUGAUGCAGGAGGAGAUAUUUGGUCCUCUGCUCCCCAUCUUGCUGGUCAACGGUCUGGACGAAGCAAUCAAGUUCAUCAAUACAAGAGAGAAACCUCUGGCCCUCUAUGUCUUCUCAUCAGAUCAAAAGGUGAUAAAGAGAAUGACAGACGAGACCUCCAGCGGAGGACUGCUGGCCAACGACUGUCUGGUGCACUAUUCGGUCAGCUCGCUGCCUUUCGGAGGAGUGGGAAACAGCGGUAUGGGCUGCUACCACGGGAAGUUCAGCUUUGACCAGCUGAGCCACAUGCGUGCUUGUCUCAUCAAGCAGCUGAACAUGGAGGGGGUGAACAGCAUGCGCUACCCGCCGCACACGCUCAAGAAACUGGGCUGGGCGCGCUUCUUCAUCCUCAAUAACAUGGACCUGAGCUGGAUCGGGCGCAUGGCGCUCCUCGGCGUCCUGGUCGUGGUGGCUGCUGUCGCUCUGCAGAGUUACCUCCUUUGAAGACUCCCCGCUGCUUCACAGACAACAAGAGUCCUGUUUGAAGAACAGAAAAGCACGAACGUCCCACCAUUUCAACAAUGAGUGUCUGUAUAAUCAGAUCAGCAUCUGCUCCGGAGCGCCUUAAUAUGAGAAAUGUUUGGGGGAGAUGCUUUAAUUUAGUUUUUCAAUAACUGUGUCGUACGUUUCAAUGUAGCAAGCAUCCUUUUUUUAAUGAAGGUAAUUAUUUAUGUAUGGCUCUUAAAUUUUUAUACGUUCAAAUGUAAGCUGUACGAUCACAUGUACAUACUUUUAAAAAACAACUUUAAAUGCACAUUCAUAAUUUUGCUAUUAAAUAUUAUUUACGUUUAAGUAACACAAUGUGUUAAAUGAAGGGCUGAAACAAAUGAAGGUAGUUUGUAUUGUGUAGGAGUAACCUGCAGUUCACUUUCUGUCUAUUCCAUUUCAAUGAUGGUUCAGCUAUCGACCUUAAAGGUGUCGCAUGACGUAACACGUUUAAGCAAGCUUGUAACUAUAGUUUAGUGUUUUAAAAAAAACUAUCUUAUUUUUGUUUUUUAAUCCCACUGAUGUCAUUUUAAGGGAUGUGUAACUAUUUGUUUAAUAUACAAAUACAUACAUACAUGUAUUUCUAUCGUGUGUUAUUAUUCAAUUAAAAAUAUUUCUCCAUU